AUGGCCUCGGCUGUCACUGUGUGCCGGGCAUCCUGGCUGCUCUUCUCUGGCUUGUCCACGGAGGCUCAGGAGUCGAUGCAAGACCUUCCCUUCGAUGGGCAAGUCCUGUUUGCGGAACAGACGGACAAUAAGCUCUGUGGCCUCAAGGACUCACGCACGACCCUUAAAACAUCGGACCUGUAUGUUCCGGCCCUGCCCGCAAGCGGUUCAAGCCACAGCAGCCUCAGGACCAAGGAAGCCACCCUCGCCAGGAGCCUCCCCAUAAGGAAUCCAGAGUCUAAAAGUGGCAUCCUAGCCACCAGCCUUCGCAGGCUUCUCAGUCGAGCUCGACUCGCAAUAAUCCCUCAUCUGUUUAUUGUUGCAACAGGCGAGAAGUCGUUCCUGUGUGACCUUUGUGGCUUUGCCGGCGGGACACGUCAUGCCCUCACUAAGCAUCGGAGGCAGCACACAGGAGAGAAACCAUUCAGAUGUGAUGAGUGUAAUUUCGCUUCCACAACACAGUCACAUCUGACACGACAUAAGCGUGUCCAUACUGGUGAAAAACCCUACAGAUGUCCCUGGUGUGAUUACAGGUCUAACUGCGCUGAAAAUAUCCGUAAGCAUAUCUUACACACAGGAAAGCAUGAAGGAGUAAAAAUGUAUAACUGCCCCAAAUGUGACUAUGGAACCAAUGUCCCAGUGGAAUUUCGCAACCACCUGAAGGAGCUGCAUCCUGACAUUGAAAACCCUGAUCUAGCUUACUUGCAUGCUGGCAUUGUAUCCAAGUCCUACGAAUGCCGACUGAAGGGUCAGGGAGCGACCUUUGUAGAGACCACCAGUCCUUUCACUGCAGCAGCCCUGGGAGAAGUUUCUCCAGUUAAAGAGAAGGCCCUUCGAAGUAACAGAAGACAAUCCCAAUCAGCUGAACAAGUGCAGCAAGUUAUCAUUAUUCAAGGAUAUGAUGGUGACUUUGCAAUUGAUGCCUCUGUGGAAGAAACGGCAGCAGCUACCCUUCAGACUUUGGCAAUGGCAGGUCAGGUGGCAAGGGUGGUGCAUAUUACGGAAGAUGGGCAAGUUAUAGCCACAAGUCAAAAUGGUUCUCAUGUGAGUGGCUUGGUUCCGGGACAAAUACUCACUGAGCAAUUAUCAGGUAGUGCGACACAAGUGGUAGUGGUAGAAGGCUCUGUGGAGGGAACUGAUAUGGAGGAGGCUGUCCCAAUAGAUGCAGUGUCUGACUCCGGUAAUGCUGUGGUGCAACAGAUAAUGAGACAGGAAAUUUUAGAUACAUCAGAAGCUACAGUACAUCCUCCAGAGUCCUCCUCAGCAUUAGAUGCCCUCCUUUGUGCUGUAACAGAGCUGGGUGAAGUGGAAAACAAAACUGGCCUCCUCGACAGAACCAGGCCUAGUCACAAAGAGUUGUUACAAAUGACAAAUCAGGAGCAAUCCAAUAAUUCUAAUGACACAGAGACACAAGAAAUACAAAUGUUCCAUGAAGUUCAAGGGACUCAGGAAGAUAUAGAACCGAUGGAAGUAGUGACACAGGUCAUUCACCCAUCUACUAUAAUUGCAUCUCAGGAGAGAGCUCAAGCUGCCUUCAAGAAAAUGGUCCAAGGAGUACUACAGUUUGCAGUAUGUGACACUGCUGCAGCAGACCAGCUGAUGAAAGAAGGUGUCACUCAGGUCAUUGUAAAUGAGGAAGGAACAGUGCAUAUGGUGGCUGGAGAAGGCUCUCAAAUAAUAAUGCAAGAAGCUGGUAGCCAUGCACUCAGUGUCCAAAGUGAGCACAUGGAUUUAGUUGAGUCUGAUGGAGAAAUUUCACAGAUCAUUGUCACAGAAGAAAUAGCUCAAGCCAUGGUUCGGGAUUCACAUGGCAACUUCUCUGAAGGUCCAACCCAUUAUAUUGUAACAGAAUUGCCACAAGAUAUACAGGAUGAGACUGGUGUGUAUUCACACACUGUGAUAGAGACAGCUGAGUCUCAAGAGAUUUUGGAAGCUGGUACUGCUAUAAAUGCUGAAGCCGCAUCCCCUGAUGGAACCGGAGAACAGUUAACUAGUAUGGUCAUUUAUACAGAGAGUGGCUCCCAAGCAACAGUAAUUCAGGGCCAGGGAGAUAGUAAUGAACUACAAGAAGCGUGAAGAAUUGUUUCUUGGAAAAUUAAUAGACACGUGUAGGAACUUAAUUUGUAAAACCUUCAUAAUAUGCUAUUCCUCCAUCCAGGUGCCAGCCUCGCUGUGUGAGGUUAAUGUCAGCUACUGGGAAGAGUAUACAGAAAAGGUAUUAUCUUGUUACAAUGGACAGAAAUUUGAUCUGAGUAUGAUUAACAGGCAUAAUAUAGUAAGAAAAUGACUAAAGCUCCCCUUCCCCCACCCAAAUGAGUCAGAUAUGAUUCUGGUUUGGUUUGGAUUAUUUUGUGAGUUCAGGGUGAUUUCCUGGUUUAUGCCUUAUCUGACUGUUUUUGUGGUUAUGCUAAACAUAAUUUUUUCACUUUACAUAUACAUUGUGUGAGCAAAAAAAUUAAAAAACCAAAAUCACACCACAUGUUAAAAAUAUGAGGUGACAGUUUGUAAGUAAAGUUGGAUGCUACAAGUGUUGUCCUGUCUUCUUCAAAGGCAGAAAGCCUGACAUUUGGUUUUCUAAAGUCUUGCUCUAAAAUGUCCCUGGUCAAAAACAUCUCAGCAUAAUGACCCUUUCUAAAUUUGUGUCUGAGAAUCAUUUUUCUUUAACUAUAGUUAACUCUUUCAUUGUUUUGCAUUGGACUUUGUGUAAGAGACCUCUAAAAUCUACACUUUAGAAAAGUCUUGAUACAUGUAUUCAGAAAAAAAAACUGUCUUGGUUUAGAAAAAGCUUAAUGUCUAUUACUUGCAACUUAAUUUCAGAUAUAAAAGUCCUGCAUAUGAAAUGUUCAUUUUGGGGGGAAAAAUAUUGUCACUGUCAAUGUUUUGCUUUUCUUACAAAUAGUGCUUCACAUAAAUACCAUUUUGCAGUUCAUUUUGUGAAUGACUUUUUGAAAUGUUAGGGAUUUUUUUAAUGAAAAUUCUGACAUUGACAUUAACAAGUAGAAAAAAGGUGACCUUGUAUUUCUUGCUUAGACCAGAAUGUCAAUUAUCUAGUUGUGGAUAUACUGCAACUGUUCAAUGCAAGUUCAUGUAGAAAAGAUUUGUUUCUUGAUACAACUGAUUUUGUUUCUUUUAAAAAAGAAAUUGUAAAAUAUAAAAUGGUAAGGGGGUUUGGUUGGGAUUUUGGGGGAGGAUUCUUUCAAAUAAAAUGUUAGCAUUAAAAA